CAAAUUAGUUACUCCAACGGCAUCUUCCCUUUUUGUAAUUUCCAUUUUUAACCCUUCCCCCUUUUCAAGCUCGUCGGCGGCGAAGGGUUUUCUCACUGUCCAUCAAGUUCCACCUCUGCUCCCUCUUCCUCAUCUAACGCCGACUUCACCUCCUCCCCUUCAUCUCUAUCUGCCUCAACUGUGCCGACUUUACCCUUCCUUUCUUCCUCCUCCUUCAUGUUCUCCGUUUGUCCCUGACAACUCCUUCCCCUUCUUCCUGCAUCGUCAACUGCCCACUCUUCCAAGAUAGUGCUAGGUGUUUGUCAUGCUCCCUUCAGCCAUUUUCGCCAUCAAGUCGAUGCGCACCGUCGAGAUCGUUGAUCAAUACAUCUGUACGAAGUGCCACUUCUCGGUGCCAUGGAUCUCUUCAAGAUGCUGACGAUUAUGCUCCUGAGAAGGUCUAACUAGAGUGCAAUUGGAACUUGGUUGUGGAUCAGAGAGAAAUUUAAUUAAGAAAAUGCAUCUUAGAUUUGGCUAAACUAAACAUUGUAUGGUGGUCUAGAUCUUCCUAGAAAGAAUGCGACUGCAUUUUGGAUCUCACGAGAUCUUCACUUCAUUGCUCUACAAUUUAAGCAUUGCUUUCGAAGUUUUAUCUGUAGAUAUCUCAUGCCAUUUAGAACUAUCCAUAUCAGCAUGUAUGAAGUAAUAAUAUUAUUUUUAGAUAUAAUUAAAAUGAUUAUGUAAAAUAAAGAAUGAAAACUUAGGUGUUUUAUAUAGAGAAUGGAUGAUUUCUUUUUAAAGAGGUUAAUACAUCGAAAGUAGAAACUUUUAUUGGACUGAAUAGGAAGUACACUCUAAUUACUGUCAAUCUAAGAGGACCAAAAACAGUAAAUAUAAACUUUCUAUCUUUCUAAUCUAAUGGUAUUGUGAUUAUAAGUGUUCAUACUCAUAUAAAUAGUCCUAAUGUGGCAAAAGGUCAUACAUUGACCCCGGAUAGCCCCCAUAUGACUUGGUCCCACAGCUAUAUGUAGAGAGGUAAAUCAGGGAGGACUUUGCCCUUGACGCAGUGGCCCUUGCAUGAGGGAGGUCAACAAACAACAAGUAUUUCGCCACUAGGAAUUGACCUCAAGACCUCAUGUGGCAAACUCCCAUGUAGUUGUCAACUACGCCAUCCCGUGGGGACCAUAUAAAUAGUACUAAUGUUUAUAUUGAUCAUGAUGUUCAAAUUGAGUCUAAAUUGUAGCCCAGCAUCAUUAUUGAUUGUUGUAAUCUUCCAGACUAUAGCAAAAAUUUGGCACUUAAUGAUAUUCAAAUAAUGUUAAUCAUCUUACUUUGUUUAUUUUUAUGUUACUAAAUUUUGAAUAGUUUAUGUUGUUUUUGGACUUGGUUAAAUAGUUAUGAUGAUGUUUUUUUUCCUACUUUAGACAUGUAUAAUUGGAUGCUUUUAAGUUGUUUAUUAUAGAUUUUUUUUUCCUUUUCAACCACCUUUUAUAUCAUCUUGCUUCAUAAACCAAGUAGGCUUAUUAUGUUGGAAUAGUGGCUAUUGAGGUAAUUCAACCUUCGGUAGUGAUAGAGUGUGUAUGAGCAAAUAAGUCAGCAUUCUACAUUUUGUACAGUUUGUGUUUUCAGUGUUAUAUCACUCUGAUCCACAUCAAAUUCCUCUUUUCAACAACUUUCUCCCACCAAGAUAUUUGAUCCAAUAAUCUUUCAUGUCAAGAUUUUAAGGGAACCAAACUAUAGGAGGAGAAGUUUUCUCAGUUCCUAGUUCUUCCUAUGUGAAUAUUAACAGCAGAGCAAGUGCUAAUUUUCCUGUUUAUGCAACUCUUCUUGUACCCAAAAUCUCCCUUUCAGGUUGAUCUAUAAUUUCUCUUGAUGCCCUCCAAUGCAAAAUGUGGCAAAAGGCUAUUCGCUCGGCCCAAACGCCCCUACCAACCCGUCCCUAGGCCAACACGGAGGAGCUUUGCUAGUGAGAUUUUAAAAAUGGGAGGAAGACAUUACAGAGUAUGGUGGCCACAACAGCUCUUGACCUCCACGUCCAGUUCUGGCCUGUUGCUCUUUGGUUGGUUUAUGGAUUCUAUAGAUUCUAUUGACAUUGUCGUAGCAACUGCAAUUCCUUCAGAAAAGAUGACGGCCCUUCCUAUUCAGACUAAUAUUGAGGAAAUCUUUAAAUCUGUCAAUCAAAAGAUGCCAGUGAGACUGAAUGAAUCCUCCACAUUUUCUCUUCUGGGAUAUUGCGUUACUGAUUUCACUGCUGGCAAACUGAGACCUGUAUGCAAUCAGAAUGAUAGGUGUCUCUUAAGAAAACAGUUUGAUGAGGAAUGCUAUAAAGAACUAAAAGCUUGUCAAAUUAAUGGAACAUGGAACUGUGAUUGCAUGGAUUUAAUAGAACCACACUUCCUGUCUUUGGUGAGAUGCAAUAACUGGAUUUUUAUGCUAUGUAAGGCCCAAAGAAUUCUAUAUAAAAGGAAUCAACAGGUUCCAUGCCUGCAUCAUGUGCAUCAAAAUGGUGAUUUAUUGUCUCCUGUUCAUGUCCACAUAAUAGUAUAUGAAGUCCCAACCUAUGGUGCAAGUCAUGUUUCUUUGAGUUCUUGGUAUUCUAGUGAACAUGUUGAUUUGCUGUCACAGAAGCCAAAUUGGGUGAAGGAAAUUUAUAAGAAGCCUGUAGUCAUUAAUUUGGAGACAGUUAUUUUGGCACUCAAUUGCUCAGAUGCUGCCAAAACAUUCUUUUUGCAAAUGGAAAGCACUCAUAGUCCCAUGAUUAGCAUCUUCUUUGUGUCAAAAAUGCUGAUGAGGGUGGCAUCCAUCAUAUGGCACAUUGUGGCAGCAAUUGUAGCUUCUAUCUCCACAACUAUGUAUAUAUUCCUUCAAUUUUUACAUAAACCCUUGAGUCAUGGACCGGUCUUGUUUAUAUUAUCAAAGAUGUUCAUGCACACAUGCAAGAAUGUGCACAUUCGUAGUUGUCAGUUUAUGUACUGGCCAGUUAUUCUUCAAGCCCCCAGUAUCAGCAUUUCCCAUUCAAGUGUUGAACAUUCUCACAAAGCUGCAUUAAGGAAGCACUUCACAUGGUCUAAUGUUUUGAUGGAUAUUACCUUUGGGAUUGUUCUUGGAAUCCUAUUGUUGGCCAAUGUUGAAACUAUUUCUUCUUGGAUUUUGGUUAUUGUCCAUCAAGUAACAAAUGACCUGUUGCGCUCAGGUUCUGUAUGGUUAAUGGGUGUCCCCGCUGGUUUUAAACUGAAUAAUGAGCUAGCAGAGCUUAUUGGCAUAAUUUCUCUUAAUGCAAUCCAAGUUUUUUCUACCCUAUGGUCCUUUAUGGGUGCUUUUUUGCAAAAUUAUAUGCAGGUUCUUGCACUCUUGGGGAUAGUUUUUGGCCUGACUGUACCAAUGGCCUUGUGCAUUGAUUUGCUUAAGCUUGCAACACUUCAUAUUUAUAUUCUGCAUUGCCUUAUGUCUUUUCUGUAUUCGCAGCAGAUUCAAGCUUUAGCUUCCUUAUGGCGCCUUUUUCGUGGACAGAAGCGCAAUCCACUUCGGCAACGCUUUGAUAGUUAUGACUACACAGUUGAGCAGCAUGUUGUUGGUUCUCUUCUGUUUACACCACUUCUGUUGCUCAUUCCAACCACUUCUGUGUUCUACAUUUUCUUCACAAGUUUGAUUACAACCAUUAUUUUCCUGACCAUCAUAUUUGAGAUCAGUAUUUCACUGCUUCAUGCUACUCCCUAUGCUGAGAUAUGGAUUUGGAUUAUGAUAAGGAGGAGAUUUCCCUCUGGAAUAUGGUUUGAAGUCUUAGAUUGUGAUAAUGGAAUUAUUGAUGAAGUUAAUUCGCGUACUUGUUUGGAUGGAAGGCAGUGUGAUUCCUUUCUUGGUGGAGAAACAAGCUCUUUGGUUUCACUUCUUUGCAGUAAUUAUGCUACAAUAGGACAAGUCAUUCUGCCUUACUACGUAGGUAUAUUUAAUGAGGUUACUCCAUCCUUUUUUGCAUCCCUGGCACAUGGAAUUCUCAGCGGGCAAAGAUUCCCAUCAACACUAGGUACUCGUCUGCCGUCUACUAUGCCCUGGAUGCAAAUCGCCUGCAAGGAAUAUUGGAAGCUAUGCUACACUGCAGUUCUUUCAAGUAGAUUAUAAUGUUCCAACCCCGAAAAUCAGCAAUCUAACGGAUUUUGCUAUAACUCAAAAAACCUGUUCCACCAUCUGUUGAUUUAUUCUUUUAGACUAGUCUUUAGUCUUUGAUA